CAACUCCUCCACAGCAAACAGCAGCAGCCGGAACCACCUUUCUUCUUCUUCUUCUUCUUCUUCUUCUUCUUCUUCUUCUUCUUCUUCUUCUUCUUCUUACGAAGAGAAGAGCUGUUGUGGAAAUUGGUGAUUGUCUUCAACAAAUUAAAACUGAUUUAAACAAGAGGUAAGUUUCUGAGGUAGAUUUCUACAACAACAAAAAUCAAAGAUGUUUUUUCACAUAGUGCUGGAAAGAAAUAUGCAACUCCAUCCUCGCCAUUUCGGCCCAAAUCUACGUGAUAAGUUGGUUGCAAAGCUCAUGAAAGAUGUGGAAGGCACCUGCAGUGGCCGUCAUGGGUUUGUGGUGGCAAUAACAGGCGUUGAUAAUGUUGGGAAAGGUCUAAUUCGUGAUGGUACAGGGUUUGUGACGUUUCCUGUCAAGUAUCAAUGUGUAGUUUUCAGACCUUUUAAAGGGGAGAUACUUGAAGCUGCGGUUACCAUAGUUAAUAAGAUGGGGUUUUUUGCUGAAGCUGGUCCUGUUCAAAUAUUUGUCUCAAACCAUCUGAUACCAGAUGAUAUGGAAUUCCAGUCUGGAGAUAUUCCAAAUUAUACAACUUCAGAUGGAUCAGUUAAAAUUCAAAGGGAUAGUGAAGUACGGCUAAAGAUAAUUGGAACUCGAGUUGAUGCUACAGAAAUUUUUUGCAUUGGUACCAUAAAAGACGAUUUCUUGGGUGUAAUUAAUGACCCUGGAGCCGCUGCUUAAUCCAACCACUGUUACUCCAUCUAUAAGAUUUAGUUGAGACAAGAAGAUUUGAUGUGAUGAAGAAGAAGAGAUUAACAAGUAUGAGGUCUAAAAAUUCUAUCGGAUUAGUUUCUUAUCUAGACUGUCAUGUGUGGGCUAAGGCAGCCUGAUGAUGCAUUUCUAAGCAAAUACAAGUAGACAAGAUAUUAUGGACCGAAGAAAAGGAUCAUUCAUGGGUUUCACUUCAACAUCAAUCAAUAGUCUAAGUUUUGAGACGUAGUACUAGCUUUUAUUGUUUGGUACUGGUCUAUAGUUCUGACUUCGUGGCUCAUGAGAUUGAAUUCAAUGGAAACAGGAUCACUCAAAGACAAAAUAAACAAAGAAAAUAAAGAAGAAGAAGAAUUGAAAAACUGGUUUUACACUUGCUGGUAGGUACUGUAUGGACCAUAGGGUGGUGCCCUCUAAGUCUAACCUCUAUUGGCAACUUGAUCUCUGUCUGGUUUUUAGUGUCCUAGUCAAAAUUGUAUGUAAGACGACUGACUGGCCAAUAUGGUCAAGAAAAUUCUUACAAAAGCCAAAUUAAGUUGCAAAAUGAAGUAAAGCAGGUUCAGUUUUUUU